AUGUCCGACACUGACUUCAAGAGACUGGAGCUCUUCAGCCAUAUCCUGAAUGGCUGCAGCGCGGGCCCCCCCUGUAACAACUCCCACCUGAUCUUCCACAACACGAGCAUCGACGGCGGGCUGGAGAUCCUCGAUGACGGAGCCCCCUGGCUCAGAAUCGUCAUCUCUGUGGUAUACUUUGUUGUGGCUACAGCAGGCGUGUUGGGGAACUUGUUAGUGAUGUUCCUGCUCCAUUCUACUCGCACCAUCACCACGGGCACCAUCAAUUUCUUUGUGUUCAACUUGGCGUUGGCUCACCUGCUCUUCUCCCUGGCUUUGCCAUUUUGGGCCGUAGACAUCGCGCUGGACUACAACUGGCCUUUUGGCUUGGCCGCCUGCAAGGCCGUCUCCUUACUCACUGGCCUCAACGUCUUUGCGAGCUGCUUUUUCCUGACAGCCAUGAGCUUGACCCGGUACUGUUAUGUGGCCAGUGCUCUCAAGGCCAGCGCGUCCCUCUGCAGCAGAUCUUGCAGCUCUCCAAUGGCCACAGCUGUCAUUUGGGCCGCAGCGCUCGUUACGGCGGCACCCCGAGCCGUGUUCGCUGAUCUGAGACGUGUGGGCAGCGGCAACGACACGGCAUGUCUGCUCCGUUUCCCGGAUGGUACAGCCUGGCUUGGAAUAAACCAGCUCCUGAGGGUGGUGCUGGGAUUUCUGCUGCCCUACGCCACCAUCACCCUCUCCUACCUGCUGCUGCUGCGCUUCCUCUGCCGGCACAAACUGAGGGGCAGCAACUCCCGGCGAAAGGCUGAUAUAUCAAAGUCCGUGGCGGUGGUGGUGCUUUCAUUCUGCGCCUGCUGGUUCCCGUACAAUAUCCUGACACUCUGGAGUGUCCUGAUCCAACUUGACAUCAUUGAUAUCAGCCCCUCCUUCUACUUAGCUCAGACGUACUUCUUCCCUCUGGCCAACUGCUUGGCCUUCACCAGCAGCUGCUUCAACCCGGUCAUCUACUGCCUGGUGAGGAAAGAAUACCGCCUGGCUCUCCGUAACGUGCUCUUCAAGCUUAGCCUGGCCGUCAUGUCCAAGAUGUCCAAGAUGCCCUACGGCAUUAAUUCUGAGGAGGGGUCGGGACAAGCCGGGCAGCUGGCCAUCCCGCUCAAUAACAUGUACAGCCAGACAUCCCAGACUGACACGAGGAGAUACGCGCCUCUGACGACACUUCCGACAGUAGUGUCCACCCUGUGA